AUGGUUAUUGGGUUGCUCGCCAUCACUGCUAUACCGACUGUCACGGGGGUGGGCAACGCGAUAAGCGCUCAGAAGAAGCAGAAUGCGAACCUCAGCAAGGAGCAGGAAAAGUUCCACAUGACUUUCAUCAUGGAACAUGAGGGAAAGGUGCAAGAGCUUGGCACGGGGGUGGUGAAGGAUCAAAAGUUUUACAUCAACUUUCCCGAUAAUCCAGUCGAUGGAUACAAGUUUCUGGGGUGGUACUUCAAGUACCCAAGCGAAGAAGGCCAUCUGGGGCUGGUGAGCAUGGUCUCGGACGACCCCCCGGCUCUCAACUGGAUCUAUGUGGACAAGGACACGCACGCCGUCACGUACGGGGGGAGAAAGGACACGGUGGGUCACGUCAUAGGACCCUGGGGCUGGAGCGAAGAUGAUCGAUUCCUGACGCUCGAGGGGGAUCAUGAUUCGUUUGUGGCAGUGCGCGAGGAGGGUCCUGAUGGAGAGCAGAGAUGGGCGGUGUAUUGGGACCCCGAGGGUGACAUUGAGGAUGAAGUGGACGACGAGGAUAGGUGCCGACCAGUGAGGCUCCGGCGGCGGCUGCAGUUUGGCAUGGAGAGCCGUUAUGUCAGAGACAGUGAAAAAGCAGGCUAG